AUAAGGUUAAACUCAAGUUAAUUAGAUUCUUCUUAUACACAAAUGAAUCAAGAAGAUCAUAUGAAUCAAGGAGAGCAUAUUAUGAACAACGGAGAAGGCUCAAUGCCUUGCUUCUCCGAGACGACCAUUACGUCCUCAAAUCAUCUCUAUCCCAUGACGGCGGCGACGAAAUCAUCGGAAGAGGACCACAGCAUUUCGCUCUCUCUUCUACUCAAUCUCUCCACAAUACAAGACAAAGUCCACCACAUCCAAUCUCUGGUCAGCUUUUUCAUGAUCUCUAACAAUAACCAAUCCUCGGAGUCAACGUCGUCUUUGGCCGUGGCUAACAUCGAAAGCUUGGUUCAAGAGAUCGUCACGGCAGCUACUUCAAUGAUGCUCACUUGCCAACAACGCCACAUCCCAUCUAACAACAACAGUAACUUCAAUAACGAACAAACCGUUGAUGCAAUUGUUAUGAAGUAUUCCACACAAGAGACCGAACCGGAUCAUGACUUCACGCCAGAGUCGUCAACCAACUUUCUUGGCGUCCAAGAAAGAGGAAAUAUUUCGUUUAUUGACCAUAAUCUUGACUGGCAUGGCACACAAUCCAUAAACCCUAAAAAAGAUCAGCAUCGUUUUAAAACAAGACCCGGGAACUAUGAGGUAUUGGAGCUAGGCGCAGACGAUCUACUAGCAAAGUUCACGCAUUACUGUCAGAUUUGUGGAAAAGGGUUUAAGAGAGACGCGAAUCUAAGGAUGCACAUGAGAGCACACGGAGACGAGUACAAGACACGUGAAGCCUUGAUCAGCCCAACGAGCCAUGACAAGAAAGUCGAAGGACACUCAUUGAUGACACAUUACUACUCGUGCCCUCAACAUGGGUGUAGAUGGAACCAGAGGCACGAGAAGUUUCAGCCGUUGAAAUCUGUGAUUUGCGCCAAGAAUCAUUACAAGAGAAGUCAUUGUCCGAAAAUGUAUAUGUGCAGGAGAUGUAACGUGAAGCAUUUCUCGGUUUUGUCUGAUCUUAGGACGCACGAGAAGCAUUGUGGGGAUAUCAAGUGGGUUUGUUCUUGUGGGACUACGUUCUCUAGGAAAGACAAGCUUAUGAGCCAUGUUUCUUUAUUCGUGGGCCACUCACCGGUCCAUGGCCCGCCGCCGCAGCAGCGUCCGAUUAUCACAAUAUAA